AUGCUUUGUCCAAGAGGCCAUGCGACAACUUCCGAAGGAAAGAAGCUGCGCCUCUUUUCUAGGUAUACUUGUGAUGUUUGUCAGGAAAGAGUGUCCCACAGAGGCGGUUUUUACCACAAAUGUACGGCUGGCUGUGACUUCCGUGUGUGCGGAAUCUGCAAGAAGGAGGCCGAAAAGAGCAAUUACAUCGUGGAGCCGUGUACUUUCACCUUCCCCAGUGGCCUUGGUCCGUUCGAGAUUCGCAGCACCCGACUGCAAUCCCAUGACUUGAACCGAGCCACUGCCACCGGGCGACGCCGUGAUGAUAUGGAUAUGGAAGAUGCAGACUGGGCUCUGAGAGAAAGUUUUUUUCAAAAGUCAGCGAGUUUACGACAAUGCUGGAGUGCCUUACACCAGAAUGGGGUUGCAAUGGAAGAUUCUGGUGGACAACGAUUCAUUUCUGUUCAAGUGUCUCCUGUGGCUCCAGUGAAUCUUUCUCUCGAGGUGCGUGCAGCAAAUAGGAUUCCCGAUAUUCCAGGGAUCAUGGUGGCAUGGAUGUACGCUCUCCAACUUGAGUGGCCGAUGAUUUUCAGUAUGAUUGACCAAAGGGAAGAUGACGCUGCAGCUGAGUGGAACUUAUUGAAAGUGGGUGGCUUCGUUUAUUUGCAGCCAUCAGAGGAUGGACGACCUCAAGUAGUAUGUGCCAACUCUAUCGCUUUUCACCCAAAUGGUUGCAUGCAGUUCUCUGCGGCCCAACCUUGGUGUUCCGAAUGGACGUCCAAAUUGGUGGAAAGCCGAAGGUUCCACAAAGUCACAGCCCAGAAGUGGGCAGCUGCUGGUGCUUGCUACGUUUGUUGGGUGUGUCCUGAAGAGAAGUUGCUGAGGCCAGGUGCGCGCCAUGGAGGCUUUGCAUUCCUCUUCCAUGAGUUGGACGAGGAGGAUGUCGCUGGCAGAGACCGUUUCUUUGAAGUGGUCGGCAAACCCCUUGGUGCUGCCUAUGCCGGCGCCUCUGCCGGCAGCCCCGUCCAGGCGUCUAUGGCCCAUGAGUCCACCCUCUGUGCCAUGUCAUUUCGAGUGGUCGGGGAAUGGCCGGCCACGUCGAGACAUAUGGAGGCGAGUCAGCGGCGUUGCUUCAAAGCAGCCAGCAAUGGCCGCUGGGCACUUCUGGCGCAUAUCUUGGCCGAGUUUCCGCAGCUGGCAACAGCAAAGGAUGACUCAGGUCAGACGGUUCUUCAUUGCAUUGCUUUGGGGCGACCGAAGACUAGACGAGCGGCUGAACUGUUGCGCUUAGUGCAUUCACACCACGGAGACCUCGAAGCAAAGAACAAUGAAGGGCAGAGAGCAUACGAGCUUGGUGAUCUGGUGUUUAAGGCACAAGCCUGUGAAAUUUGGGGGCUGUCCCCUGAUCUUUUUGCUGAUCCAGAGGUGUGGUUUGACUACUGGGAUGUGAACAAGGAUGGGCACCUAUCCCCUGAGGAGCUGAUUCCUGCCCUGACAGCGGCCUAUGAAGUCGGAGACCUCGGGAGACAGUGGAUUGAAAGCUAUGUGAACACGCACUACCGUGAGAUGGCAGCCCUUGAUCCCAAUGCUCUUUUGACCAAAAACGCCUUCCUUGAAAACGAUGGCUUGCUGCACAAGUUGCAGUCGAGUGAAGAGUUUAUCAGCCUUCGUGGUCAAGAGGAUAGUCCUCGCAUCAAAAUGCCUGCGCUUUUUCGCACUGAGGGCCGUAAGAAGCCUACAGCUGCAGACAAAGAAGCAGUGACAGUUUUCAGUGCCAGACUGGAGGAGUUCAGGAAGAAAUUCGGAUGGGUACCUGGACAUGCAGCUCCUUCAAGCUCUCGAUCACUGCAGGUUCCUGCUCCGUUUGCUGGUGGUGAUAUUGAUCCACGGCGUCGAUUGAAAGCUGCGGAACGGAUGCUGGCAGUUUCCUUUGCCAAGACCACAGCCAGAAGCGGCAAGGAAUGGUUGAAAGGUUUCAGCAUCGAAUUUGCCGGAGAUGAUGCCGGCAUUGAUCAUGGUGGCCUGACGAAAGCAUGGGUCCAGGAGGUGGGACAUGCCUUGUGGGGCAGCGAAGCUUUCUUUGACAUGACAUCUGCAGGAAGUUUUUUAAAACCUGACAGCACCACGGACAUGCUCUUGCACGCUUUCCAUGUUCCUUCGGAAUCUUUGUACAGAUGGCUUGGCCGUUUCUUGGCAUAUGCCCUGUACCAGCAGUGCGUGUUGGAUUGUGCGCUCAGCCCAUGGGCUCUUCGUUGGCUCAUGCGCGUCACCGAGACCCAAGCAGCCCUGCCUGCAUUGCUGAAAGAGGCAGCGGGCUCAUGGCGCCGUGAUGGGAGCGACGGCAGCAGAAUUGCGACGAUUUCUGGAUCAGUUCUGUUGUCCCACAUGGACGACGUUGGCUUGCCGCCAGAAACUCCUCUUCGCGUCUCAGGUCAACACAUAGAGGCGACCUUCGAUGGUGAAACGGUGACGGCCGUGAUGUCGGAAGGUCGACUCCAUUGGAGCGAUGGUGAUGUUUGGAUGAGAUGUUCCGAACCCGUCCUGCUGGCUCCGUUGCCUGUGUGGGAACAGACGCCCACAGGAGAUGAUCAACUGCUGGAAGAUUUGGCCACCAUGGAUCCAGCCAUGGCAAAUAGCCUGUGGAGAGUUCGUUACGAAAUGCCGGAGGAAGAUUUGCAGUGGCUCACUUUCUCCUAUGGUGGAAAAGAGCUUGUUCCAGGUGGAGAUGACCUUGAAGUCACUGCUGACAAUCGUGCAGAAUAUGUCCGCUUAUGUUGUAAGGCAGCUCUUCUGUAUACGUCACAGAGGGCCUUACAAGCUUUUGGUGACGGCUUUUUCGAGGUCCUGCCAUCUGACAUGUUCGUGGGUGCUCCGGUGGACAUUUUUCAAUGGCUUCUUCUGGGCAAUGCUCAUAUUUCAGAUACUCAAAUGGAGAAGCUGGCGCAAAUCGUGAUUCCAGAAGGCUUGGUACCGAAACAUUUGAAAGAUGCUGCGGAAGUUCGAGAUUCAGCAAGCUGGAUCUUCGAGAUUAUUCGGCGAAGUGACGACAACUUCAGGUCUCGGCUCUUUGAGUUCUGGACGGGCAACGGCCGUCUGCCCUUGGGAGGAGUUGAGGCCAUCGAGCCGAAGCCCAGGAUUCAGGUCAUGGUGAGCCAGGAGAAGCAGUACGUGGCAGUCGACUACGUUUGGGAGGUGCAGGUUUCUGGUGGCUGGCGCCAGUAUUCCGCUCACAUGUCAGGCAAUUUAAACAACAUGUUUGAAGCUGGCCUCAGGAUGUGCGAGUUCCAGUCUGGCCAGUCAAAAAUCAUCAUUGACCUUGGUGCGAAUUUGCAGAUCAACACUCGCACUGGUGAGCGGCGGCGGGUUCGGCGUCGACCACUCCAGUCGCAUCCUCGAGCACUGGCAGACACCACAAGAGAACGCUCCAGUGAUUGUGAAAAGGACCGAUUGGACCGGUAG